GUCUGUCUCUCUGUCUGUCUGUCUGAAUGCAUGUAUGCAUGCAUGUCUGUAUGUAUGCAUGCCUGUCUCUCUAUGUAUUUAUCUAUCAUCUAUCUGUAUCUGUCUGUCUAUCAUCUAUCUAUAAUUUAUCUAUCUAUCUAUCUAUCUAUCUAUCUAUCUAUCAUCUAUCUAUCUAUCUAUCUAUCUAUCCAUCUAUCUAUCUAUCUAUCUAUCUAUCUAUCUAUCUAUCUAUCUAUCUAUCAUCUACCUACCUGCCUACCUAUCUACCUAUCACAUAUUAUCUAUCAUCUAUCUGUCUGUCUGUCUGUCUAUCUAUCUAUCUAUCUAUCUAUCUAUCUAUCUAUCUAUCUACCUACCUACCUACCUAUCAUCUAUCUAUCUAUCUAUCUAUCUAUCUAUCUAUCUAUCUAUCUAUCAUCUAUCAUCUAUCAUCUAUCUGUCUACCUACCUGCCUACCUAUCUACCUAUCACAUAUUAUCUAUCAUCUUCUUUUAUCAUCUAUCUAUCUAUCUAUCUAUCUAUCUAUCUAUCUAUCUAUCUAUCUAUCUAUUAUGUGUGUGUAUAUGUGUGUGCAUGUAUGUGUGUGUGUGUGUAUAUGUGUGUGCAUGUAUAAGAAUGGGGUCAGCACACUCUGUGAACAGGGUCAGCUCACAGGGCCUCUGCCUCUGCUUCCUUUCUCUGGGUGCUGCAGAACUCCCCGGUGCUGCGCCAUUUUAA